AUGUCAUAUGAAACUGUUAUUCAAGCUGCUCAAAAUGAUACUUCAUUAACUUUAAACCAUACAUGUGUUCGUGUUAAGGAUCCUAAAGUUAGUGUUGAAUUCUAUACUGAGAAAUUAGGUAUGAAGCUAUUAAAACGUAAAGAUUUCCCGGAGAUGAAAUUUUCAUUAUAUUUCUUAGCUUAUCCAAGAGAUGAUUUACCAACAGACUCUAAUGGUGAAAUCAUGCCAUUUGGUGUUCCUGGGAUAUUAGAAUUGACUCAUAAUUGGGGUACUGAAAAUGAUCCUGAUUUUAAAGUAUCGAAUGGUAAUGAAGAACCUCAUAGAGGCUUUGGUCAUAUUUGUAUCACUACAAAGGAUAUUAAUGUCAUGUGUGAAAAAUUAGAAUCUCAAAAUGUUAGUUUUAAAAAAAGACUUGUCGAUGGUAGACAAAAGGAUAUUGCUUUCAUUUUAGAUCCAGAUAAUUAUUGGAUUGAAUUAUGUGCUUAUGACUCUAAUGACAAAGAUACCAACGUGAAUGAUUAUAGAUUGAAUCAUACAAUGAUUAGAAUUAAGGAUCCGGCAAAGACGUUACCAUUCUAUGAAAAUGUUCUUGGGAUGAAAGUCAUUGAGAAAUCUGUUCAUGAAAAUGGAAAGUUCACCUUAUAUUUCCUAGGUUACGGUUUGAAAGAAGGUGAAUCCAAACGUUCCACUCAGGGGAUGUUAGAGAUCACUCACAAUUGGGGCACAGAAACUGACCCAGAGUUCCAUUAUCAUAAUGGUAACGAUAAACCGCAAGGUUAUGGACACAUCUGUAUUGCCUCUGACGAUCCAGAGAAGAUGUGUAAAGAGAUCGAGGAGAAGUAUGGUGACAAAGUCACUUGGGCUCCCAAAUACAAUCAUGGUAAGAUGAAGAAUUUGGCCUUCAUCAAGGAUCCUGAUAAUUAUUCAAUUGAAAUCAUCCCAAGAGGGAUAGUCUUAUAA